CCGUCAUUUGUUCGGUUCCCGAUUCGUCGAUCUGUCACCAAAUUUCAAAUAAAAAACAAAACAAAAACAUCAGCAUGUCCCGUUUCCUGUCAACCUACUCGUCGGAUUUCAUUCCACCGGAGUGCGAGGAAGACAACGCUCCGGAAGUCAGUUUACCCUCGAAACGAUGCAAAGUGUGUCCCGAUCCGACCGGAUCGAGGCGUCCUUCCUGUUCCAGCAAUACCAGCUGCGUUCGUUCGAUCAAACAGAUCGAUUAUACCAUCGUCCCUCAGAUCCGGAGCUGUCGCUGUACGUGUCAGUGUUGUUUGUCCCAAAAGCCGGAGCGGGCAAAGGAACCGUGCAAGCCGGCAACUCCAUUACCGAUGUGUCCGCCUCCUCCAGCGCGUCCCGGUACGGAAAAGUGUUGCUGUCGAAAGUUACCCGUUCGAGAAGAUCCGUGCUGUCGUUUGCAUAAAAUCCGGAUGGCACAGGCCAUUGAUCAGGAUCCAGACUGCUACCGGCCAGUCUGUCAAUGUAAACCGAAAGCCUGUCCGGUAUGCCGGGAUUCAAAGCAACCCAAUCCUUGCAACAGCUGUCGGGUGCGGAAUGACGAUCCGGAGAUGCGGCAUACGAAAAGUCGCACGACGUUCGUGGACAGGGAGGAGACGGGUGGUUGUGAGGAUGAUGAGAAUGGAUCCUGUUCGCGAAAUCCUAGCAAGCUACGAUUUGACGUCCAGUUUAGCAGCAAACAAAAUUGAUCGUUUAUCGUAGUCGCAAAACACAGAAUCUGUCAAUCCGAAUGUACACCAAAAAGCUGAACAGGAAUGAUUUGUGCAAUACGACCUAUAUGAAGUCCUACCACGGGUACGAUCCAUGCUUCAGGGGACCAGUUAGCGUGACGAAACCACCCGUUCCGGAACAUCGCCGCCGGUAUCAGCAGCAAAUGGAGACUACUUUUUCCACGGUACACACGGUCUUCGUCAACAGGACCUGUCCGCGUUUUCCGGAAUGUCAAUGUUCCAACACGGAAUACGGGGAAGGUGUUAGCAAUGCCGGCCGAGCCAUCGCAGAAUGUUGCGAAAUGCCCUGCUGUCAACCCUGCGUUUCGUACUGCUGUUAAAAUGUGGGUGUGUGUCUCUGGUUGCGGAUGGGUAAAAUUCUAGUGACAAAUUAUCAGUGAUUGUAAAUGUAACAGUAAUAAACA